AUGCCUUUCACCGCAAGCGAUAUCUGCAAGAUCAUCUUCGCCGUCAUCCUUCCUCCUCUAGGUGUCUUCCUUGAGGUUGGUUGCGUGUCGGCUCUUUGCAUCAACAUCAUCCUCACCUGUCUUGGUUAUCUUCCCGGCAUUAUCCACGCCUUGUACAUCAUCUUCAAAUGGCCUAGCACCUAUUCGACCACAACCGGCCUCGGCCACGAUGCUGCUUGCUCGGCGAAGGGGACGCGCAAUCGAAUCUGCGACUUGAACUCAGCCGAUCCUCAUGAUGUUGAACGUCUUGGCGCCGCCUAUUUCAAGGGCGGCCUUGUCCUCGCCCAAGGAUGGGCGUCUUAA